UUGUCUUGUUUCUUCCUACGAUGGCCAAAAUGAGUACCCAUUUUCACUCUCUUCCACUAUUAGUAUUCACCCUAUCCUUCUUAUUGGGCCGAUGCAGACCUGACCCUGACCCACUUCAAGACUACUGUGUUGCAGAUAACCAAAACAAUUUUUUCAUCAAUGGUGAGCCUUGCAUCAACCCAAAACAAGUUUCCCCAUCGCAUUUUGUCACAUCUGCAUUAUCCAAGCCUGGCAACACUAGUAACACAUUCGGCUUCAGUGUCACCCCCACAAACACUUUUAAUCUUCCUGGGCUUAACACAUUGGGCCUUGUACUGGUCCGGGUCGAUAUAGCGGGUAACGGGAUUGUGCCACCUCACUCUCAUCCACGGGCCUCAGAAGUUACCACUUGCCUCAAGGGCCUGCUUCUUGUGGGCUUUAUUGACACAUCCAACCGUGUCUUUACCCAAAACCUGAAGCCCGGUGAGUCAUUUGUGUUCCCAAAGGGCCUUGUACAUUUCUUAUUUAACAGUGACACUAGGGAACCAGCAUUGGCCCUAUCUGGUCUCAACAGCCAGAACCCAGGUGCACAAAUAGCAUCACUUGCAUCAUUUGCUAGCAAGCCUUCUAUUCCUAAUGAAAUACUUGAGAAAGCUUUCCAAAUUAGUGGCAAGGAAGUGGAAACUAUUCGUAGAAACCUUGGAGGAUGAUAAUUAUGCUGAUAAUGGAGGUGAUUAUAGUUACCAAUAUGAUUAAUUUAUUAUUGCAUUUUGAAACUAUGAUGCUUGGGAUCUUAGGUGGGAACAUGAUGUUAGAUUGGCAUAUUUAAAAUGUUAGAUUGCGUUUUUAAAAAUGAAAAGAAGAAGACAUGCAAACCGACAUGUUAAGUUACAUGUUUAAUAAUCAAAUUAAAAUCAGAUGGUUGAUCUGAGCCAUGUAUUGACUACUAUUCU